ACGGAAUAGACUCGCGCGAAAUCAUAAAGUCAGAAGCCGAAGAAUCAAAGAAGGAAACCUACAAUUCUCUCGAAAACGGAACCGACACGGGAAUCAAACUAUCGGACUCUUUACUAUCUGAUAUUAGUACGAUCACAAAUUCAUCUAUGGAAUCAGACACCAGUGCUAUAUCACAGGUCGAAGAAUCAAAGAAAGAUACACACAAUUCGCUCGAAAACGGAAUCGUCUCGCGCGAUAACCUAACAUCACAAGCCGAAGAAUCAAUGAAGGAAACAUACAAUUCUCUCGAAAACGGAACCGAAUCCCGCGAAAACAUAACAACGAUCCCUAACGUGAAUGCCCCAGGUCAAGACGUUAUGCAAUUAGAAAGUAAUUCAAAUGUCCUGACUACAAAGGACAGUUAUAACUUUCCUGCCUACGAAUCGUCGACUGUCUCUACAACACAGUCAAUGUACAAUGACAAGUCGUAUGAUUUAUCGCAGUCCAUUGACAGGGAUAUAAGCACACUGAACAAUGAAGGGUUGGGAGAAUCGGGUCUAAGCCCUGCACAAAAUACAUAUUUAGGUCAACGAUUAUUAGGCGGCGGUGUAAUAACUAGUAAUACAAAUAAAGAAGAUAUUAUUGGUGGUGGUAGUUAUAGUAGUGUUUGGGCGUCCAACUUUGAUAUAAACACAUCUGAGAAAAGUUCAGCUGACACUAAUGGAUGGUUUAACGCAGACGACAAGCCGGUUCUUCCCAUUUCUAAAACUAAUGUAAAUGACAACCAAAGACAUUCCCUAAAAAGUGUUUCAGUAAAAGAGGAUUUAAUUGAUGCGAACAUGGAUCUGGGUAAUGAUGAACCGGACGAACAAGAUAAGAAGACCAGAAAGGCGAGCUUUGAUUUGCCCCACGUGACAGUAGCCAGCAUCACUCUCGCGUCGUCUGCUUCGACCGGUGUCGAGUCAACAACACAGGGAGAAGAUCACGAUUCACUUGAUGGAACCGGAGUUACACAAACGGUCGAGUUGGGCGAGGACAGACCAACUUCGCCUAAAGAGCAAUAUGAUAAUUUAAUUUCGGAAUUAAAAACAAAAGCGAGAGUACGUAAUAAUCACGUGACGGAUACAAAUAUCAGUGAAACUAGCUCGGAUACAUCGUCUGCUAAGUUUAGUUUUAACGGAGUUAAGAGAGUGAGCAACAUCUCUGUAACUACAAACAAUAAUAAUGUAGAUGAACCCGACCUGUCAUCGGUGCCUAAGCAAAAUUACGGGAAUUUAUUAUCUGAAUUCAAAAGUGUGUUUAUGAAAAAGAAUUUCACGGAGUCUAAAGAAAGUGUUGAGUCUGUAAAAUCGGAUGAAAUGCCUGUCUUAAGUGGUAGUGAUGAUUUGAUAACGCAGUUUAAUGUCAACUCUUUAGAUUUAUCGUCCGAUUUCGGUUCUUCUCAGCAACCCAUUUCGUCUAAUCUCAGCGACAUCAUGGCGGCAUCGACUAGUUCACGACGGAGUAGUAGUAGAUCAAUGCGUUCUUCAAGUUCCUCAGCAAGUGGUUCCGGGAUCGGGGGAAAAUCUAGCGGAGACAUUAUUAUGGUGGAAGGUAGUAACGGUUCUGUUUACAUGGUCGAAGACAUUUCAGGAACCAAGGAACAGGAAACACAAUCCACAAGAAGUUCUCGUAGUUCGUCCAGGAUGAGCCAGUCCGGAAGCUAUCAGAUUGGAUCAUCCGGAAACGUACGAAUCGAUUCUAAUGUAGAUAACGACACCGCUAAUGAAGUUAUUUCGGCUUUGUACGGUUUAUCCGAGGGAAACAGCUCCCCAAUAAUCAUGGAGUCGAACAAUAAUCAGAAAGCGUUAAGUCUUAGAUCUAGCCAUUCAAGCGGUGGAUCAGGGGUGAUCAGCUUACCGGGAUCGGUGUCACGACAAGAAAGCGAGGAUAAUAAUGUAACCCAGGAUGUCAAGGAGCAUGAAACCGUGACCAUACAUGGAGUAACUAGCGAUAAUGUGGCUUUAAUAGAGCAUCGUGUACAAAAAACCAUCACUAGACGAAAAGAUGUAGAAGAGAGCACACAAUCCACAGCAUCGUCGGUUGAUAAUGAGCUUACGAUCGACACAGGUGCGUCGGAUUACUCGGUUAGUGGAUUUAGCCAACGCAGCAGUGGAUCUUAUAAUCAGCCAGUUUUAGUCACGACGCAAGAAUAUCCUGCAGUUAAUUUGGGUAAUUCUACGAUGAAGACGUACACAACAGCUGUUUUGGUUCCAAAUAAUGAUACGGCUGUUAGUACCUACAACGCCGGGAAUUUGGUUGCGCCGGCAACGUCUACCCUAAAUUUUAGCAAUACGGCUUUUCAUCCCUACCAACCGGUGCCAUUGGUGCCUGAAGUUACCAGCAAUGCCAAUAUGACCACCAUUACGAAUAAUUACGUCGGAACUACGACGGAAUAUACUUUAGGUGAAAGGGGCGCCCUACAAACAACGAAUUACGUUCAAGCUGUGGAACCAACCGAAACAUCCUAUAAAGAUGUCCAGGCCGUACUCAACAAUGUGGACCAAAACGCUGGGCAACACGUAACGAGAAUCGACAAUACCUCUGACAGUACCAAAAAACAUUCCGAAGACAAGGACAACGAGACCAGCUAUUAUUCCAAAAAGACCAUCACGACCACCAUCUUACCAAGUGUUGAUGUCGACAGUGUUUAUGGUUCCAAAUCCUCCAGAACAACCUCCGAAGAAUCCCCGAGGGAUGACGAGGGACCGCUGUACCGAGUUGUUCGGGCAUCAAUGUCCCCAAGGAGGUCUCAAUCACCAAAACGUCGAACAAUCUACCACGAAGUGGACAUACGCCCACCAUCUCCCAGACGACAACUGAUCUACAGCGAUGGCGGCGAACGGCGAUCCCGGGCUAAAGAUAAAUAUAGUUCAGACGUUUACCGAUCUGAUCGUUAUGUGGAUACCCCAGGGGAUGAGUUAUGGCGUGUAAAAGAUUUGUCUACCAGCGAACCCCACAUAGUUCGAUCUAGUUAUAAAGAUGUCCAUCUCAAUAAUAGUCUCGAUUACGACGAACUGGACAGCGGACGAAAGAUAAAGGUUAUGAAAACAUACGCUUCAUCAGACAGAGACGACUUGAGACGAAGAAAGAGUAGCGGCUAUCCCUCGUCGGAUUCAGAUAUCUCGGACAGGAAUGUUACCCGAGUAGAGAUCAAUAAUCAAUAUUUACCGAGGCAGAGGUUCACCGAGAAUAGAUAUAUCCAUGGAUACGAAUCCGAUGACGAAGUGAGAAGACUCUACAGAAUCUCCGGACAUGGACAAAAUGGACAAUAUUCAAGAAGUAGACCGGAGUCGGUGAUGAGCGAUGACCAGGUCUACAGAGUAAAUCGAACAUCCUCAUCCCCGCGGCGACAACGCCAAAAUGUCCUAACAUCGGAUGGGAUUUACAGCCGCUCGCGCUCCACGUCGCCCGAAAACCGCAAUCGUUACAAGGUGGUCUAUACGAAACCUUCGGGACGACUGGGUACAUACAAAGACGAAGAAGAAUCUCAUUUACAGACGUCAAGAUUGGAUUCUGGAUAUUUCGAACCCGAAUAUACAACUCGAAGAACGCGCGUUGUACCUUCUGUACGAUCCACGACACUGUCUCCCACUCGUAAUAGUACAGUUAUAAACCUUCAUAGUAAUACCAAUAGCAAUACAACAAGCCGUGUAACCAGCCCAACAAGAGGUGAGUCACUGUACAGGGUGGUAAACGUACAAUCAGCCGCCGAUGAUAAGAUGAGCAAAUCACGACGAAGACGAUCUCGUAGCUCUUCGGAAAGUAGCUCGGAUGGUGAGACGCGCAGGUAUAAAAUAUCGUCAACAAAACAUGGUUUAACAACAUCGUCGUCGUCAUCGAAAGUGGUGAAGGAGAAUGGAUAUGAUAACCACGCUUCGAAGCUGUACAUCCAGAGAAGUUUUAGUCCAACUCCGAAUGCUGGCGACAAUUCUUUCCGGACAACCAAAUUCAAAAGUAGUUCACAAGAUCCGAUUUAUAGAACUCGAUCACCAAGUCCUCAAAGCCGACAUAAAACAAUAGUGGAUGUUAGACGGGAUUAUUCGGACAAUUUAUCCAAAUCGUUAAGCGACCUUUCUCAAGGAGGGCGCAAUUAUGUAGUGCAUAACACCCGAUCAUCCGAUCAGCCACGCUCAUCACGUAACACGAAAUCAGAACGAUUUACGACUACGGAACGCCAGUACAGGAUGCGUUCUCCGUCUCCGACAAAGGAUCAUCUCAGUUACCGUAGUUUUUCGGAUAAUUUACCCACGCCUAUGAGGUCUUCUUCGGAAUAUUUGACUUCAAAUGGUGGCCCAAGUGAUUUCUUGGAGAUGAAUAACUAUGAAAGUUCCCAGAAGGUUUACAAAGUUAACACACAACCACAAAUUGUGGAAUCUGGCGUACAAAGUGAUCUGAAAGUGGUUCGUGGACAGAUUUUAAUUAAAAACAAAAUCGACACCUCAAAGGAUGAGGAUGAUUUCGACGACAAUGUCAACAUUUUCGAUAAUUAUUUCCACCUCCAAAAGGACAACCCCCUUUAUCAAAGUGAUCCCGAUAUUUAUAAAUCGUUUGAGGAAGAAACUUUGACGAAGUCGAAGAAUAUUGCAGAUGCUGUUAAUCAAGAUAUUACAUUUGAAACGGUUGAGAACAUUGCCAAGACUCAUCAACGUCAAAGUCACGUUUCAACAAUUCCUCAGAAGAAACAGAAUCUGAGUCAACUGUUGUUAUCGAAACUAGAGAAGAUUGAUUCAAAAGAUAUUCGUCAAAAUAUCGAUGUGAAACACACCAACGAAGAAAUAUUUGGAGAUAUUGAAUUCAUAAACGCAGACGGAACCCCUUCCUCUUCCAACGACACAAAAAAUUUCGAUUCCGUUAGUGAGAAUGUGGACCUAACUUUAAGGGACGGAAAGGCCAUAGUGAUAAUUACUGUGAACGCUGAACGAAUCGUCCCGAUUGACUACGAGUUUAAUGUUUGGAGAAAAAGUGCCGCCAUUGUUACUCGUCAAAUAGAGAUAGAUCUUUUCGCAAACGAUCAGCGCAGGCGUCUUUAUCAGCACGUGAUGGAAACGUCUGGACCAAUGGGUGCUAUUGAAGAUGGUUUCUCCUAUAGACGAAAUUCAAGAACUGGUGAACACGAAAAAGUUCUAAAUAGCAUGCAAACUCUGAAACUUUUUACGGAGAUUCUCGAUGUAGCGGAAGGUGAAGGCGACCAUGACGAAAUGAGUGUGGAGACGAAACAACUUCAGGGACAGGGACAACUUCCGGCUUCAGAAGAAAUUGACUUCAUGUACUGAAAUGUGAAAACAUCUAUUUAGCGAAACUGUGGCCUGUUUAUUGAGAGAGAGCAGUUCAUAACCAGUGCUAUAUUAUGAUAUUAUAUAAGAUACAUUUCGCGAAACAAUGAUACACGGUACAUCGUGUCAUAUGAUCGAACACGGAGUCUGAAUUGUAGAACUCCAUGUUUCGCGCGUUUAAAGUGCAUUCUAAUUUAGACAUCUUUUGUAAAUGAGUAACAUAGCCGUUAUUUAUGUAUUUAUGUAACUGAAUUACUCCCCAUUGCACUAAUGAAUAAUAGCCUCGUGUCGUCUCAGGUCGUGUGUACGUGGCCUUAGGGGUCUAAAUGGCCUCGUGUUACCUCGGGUCGUGUUGUGUAUAUAUGGCUUUAGGGGUUAUGUACACACUAUUAAUAAUAAUGCCUGAUCUUACAGGUGGUAAUAAUGGCCGUACGUCAAAUGUGAUCCCGGGGCCUACGAACGGAACUAAUAAGCUUAAAUUAAUUGUAACAUAUACGUGCGUUCCGGUCGGCUUUACUAAACACGCCUGAACGAAAUGGCAGGCUCUUUUAUCAAAAGAACUUUCAGGGAGAAUGAUUUCUAGAGGCUAUGUUAAAGACAAGCACGAUUACACGAGAUAAUGUCAGUGAAUAAUGACCGAAGGAGCAGAAAUAUCACACGGCAUAUUCGUGGUCUAUUUUCGGAUAUUUCUCAAACCCGACGUAGUGACCAGUGAAAGGGGUGGGUGAUGGCCUCAUUUCCUCAAAAUAUUAUGAAACGACACAAUUCGAAGGCAAAGCGAAGGAUGGUAUAUUUUCCAAAAUAGUGCCUUAUUUCGGAAGUUUCAAAACGAAAUAUUAAUUUAGAAUAAUAAUAUUAUUAUAUUAGUAGUAGAGCUACGUUGUAACACAAGGCUUAGGCAGAAGGGAACCUAAUUCGUCUACAUAGGCCUAUUAUGUUAGGCCUGAUAUUAUUAUGGACCAAGUAUAAUAGCUAUGAUAAUAGUAGAACAGCAAUUAAAUGGGUUUUUUUUAUAUGUUUCAGUUCUUAGACAUGCCGACAUUGUAUUUAUUCAAGAAAGAAAAUUAGUUAUUCUAAAUUCUUCCUCUUUGUACAUGAUUGUUGUAUUCUAUAUAAAUUCUACUGCCGUCUUUCAUAGAUUAUGAUAAUAUAUAAAAUAUGUAUGUUUAUAUGGCGUUAACUAUGGAGCUAAAUUAACGACAUAAUUCUAAGUCUUAACCUAGUAAUACGUACGGAAUGGAAUCCACGACACUCUAACGUAGAAGCUAAUAAUGCGUUUGGAGCGGAAUCCACAACACUCUAGCGCUUAACCUAGUAAUGCUUAUUCAAGACACUGCAUCUCUUAACCGUGUAGUGCGUAUGGAGUGGAAUCUACGACACUCCUAGCGCUUAACCUACAUGUGCGUGUGGAGUGGAACUGAAAAAUUCUUACCCAUAACCUAUUAAUGUGCCAAUGUGCUUAGUUCAAAUGUCUUCAAUGCUUGUAACUUCUUUCUUACAGACGGUAAAAUGAAUAUGUAGAAUUAUGUCUUCCAUUCCACUCCAUAGAUCACAAUACGUGUAUAUAUAAACUGUAUUGCAUGUCAUAAAGGGAUCACAAACCAGAUAACAGAUAAAAAGAAUUAAAUUAGAAAUACAUACUUUGUAUUAAAAUGUAAUUAUGUAAAAUACCAGGACGGGGUGGUUUUUAUAAAAUAAACUUAUCUAAAAAGAAGGACUCUAAAUAAAUCCCAUUUGAAUUCAUUUAAUUAGAUAAACUUAUCUGAAUAUGUUGUCCCUUUAAACGUGCAAAAUGGAUAUUUAAAUUUUAUCCCUUUAAAGUAUAUUGUAUUAGAAUAGUUUGAUACAUGGUGUUGAAAUAAAUAGUGUCUAAUUAGAUAGUUUUAUAAAUAAUUACACAUUGUUUAAUUAGAUAAUCUGCUACAACCAUAUUACCACGCGUGACUUACAACCGAUAAGUAUAAGCUAUUAUAUUAUAGGCCUAUAUACGUACCAUGCUUAUGAAUGCUUAUGAUGUCUUAUAUAUUGUUAAUUAUGAAUUGUAUAUAAGAUCUAUGUGUAUAUAAUGCCUGUUAAUAGAUUAUAUUAUGAUAUUAUCUUGUUUUAUUCCUUGUUUUCAAAUCAUGUUAUAUAUAUAGCUAAUAUAAAGUUUCAUUUAUUUUAUACAUAAUAUAUAUUUACUUGUAAAAGUAUAAAAUGUGAACGUACAUGUUUAUUUAGCUCGGUUAUUUAAUAGUUCUUUUAUAUCUAAACAUCGAAAAACAGUUGAAAAAAAAAUGACAAUAUUGCGGGCCAGUAAAACGGACAUGUUUAAAUCUAUGCAGAUUUACCCAGAAAGCAGAAUGAAUCUGAAAGGUAAUUUACGGUCAAAGGGGAGACAAUCCGGCGUUUAUUUUCAGACUGGCGUUUUCAAUGGACACCUUUAUUUUCCAUUAAUUAAGUAAUAAUAGUAGUAUGCAAUUUUGUUUUUUAUUGUACGAUUAUACAAAGAAACAAACAAUAUUUAUUCAAUGAUGCAUAUAACGACAACAUUAAUUUCGUUUCGUAAAAAAAAAAGAAAUAAAAAAAUGGCAAGGUAUAAACUUUAUAUAAACAUAAUAUAAAUAUUUAUAUAGAAGGUUUAUUCUGUAGAAUUUGAAAUAACAAAAAUUCAAAUGUUAUUGAUGAAUUGUUUAUAUUUUUUAUUACAAAAUAUUUUUAAAGAUUAUACAGUAAUAAAACAGGCUAAUAUAAUGUAUGGCAAGUUAUAUUCUGAUAUUUUAUUUGUUAUACAAGAUGUAUAUUAUUAAAUUUCUUCCCCAUUUUUCUUACCUCUUAAAACAAGUAUGCUAAUACUAUAUGGACCAGGAACCGAACAUACCGUCAACGCUACCAUCUUGGAAUUGUGACGUCAUAUAAAAAAUCGAAGUCCGCCAAUCGAUCCCGAUUGUCCAAGCAUCAUGUCGAUCGUAUAUGACCUGGCGGAGUCUUCGGCUUUUUUGUUUAUCGAAGAGGUUCUCUCCCAAAAAAGAACAACAAGGCGAGUAGCGUUUGGACGAGUUCCAUGGCCAAAAGCAAAUUCUCUGCAUUCUUGCCGUACCAUUCUUAAUAUACCUCUUUCACAAUAUAGUAUACAUGUAUAAUAUAUGUAUACAUGUAUUCACCUGUUUAAUGCUGACUACAGAACCCGAAUUAUUCACAACCAUCAUUGUCUACAAGGCACUUAUGAAAAGGUAGAAGCAUGUAUGUACAGGGAAACAUCUAUGUUUAGUAUAUAGGUAAAACAAGAAACGUGACUCGGCGGUGUUUUAACACGGCUAGAAUCAUCUUGUCUUCUCAGAUUGCACAGCGAAGAGCCAGAUUAAGAUACUGUAGGGCCAUGGGCUACAAGUACUGUGAGGUCCUCGCGAAAUGUUUUACCCACUCUCCGUUACUUUUUACGUAGUAUAUUAAUUGAAUUUCAUUUUAAAUGGAUAAUUCAGAAUACUUUUAUUCAGCAUUUACAAAUGAAAUAAUUGUUGACUUAUUCUUUGGAGGCACCCGGCUAACGAAAGCCCAUAGACUGAAGCCCUAAUAGCCAUGCCUUAAUCCGACCCUGAGAAUACGUUGAAUAUAUUCCUGUAAUAGAAGAAACUUGUAUGAAUAUAAGGAUAGUUCUUAUUAAUUGUUAAAUCAUAUGUUAAACUGUUUAUAUUUUUUUAUUAUUAGCAAUAUGAUUAUAAAUGCAUGGUUGAAAUAAACGUAUUUCUCUAUCA